GGUAUCUUCCGCUCUAUCCACGUAAUUAGCUCUACGAGGAGAUUGGGUGUCAGGGGAGGUACGUUGAUUUGGGGAGGAGAGGAGGGGGGGGGUUGAAUGCCACGUGGAAUGUGCUGCGCGCGAAAAUCAAAGUGACGAGUGGGAUGGGAGGGAGUCAGCGCACACUGGACUGGGAAUUUUCCUUAGAUGACGCAUUCUGAUUGCCAUCGGGGCCAGAUGCAAUCGAAGAAGCCAUAUCAUAGCACGGUCUAAGGUAGAUCCCUUUACCCCACCGCCUCAAAUGUCCGCCCAAGGCAAGGCUGCGCGCCAAGCCGCAGGUGUCUGCAGGUCAGCAAGCGCUGGCGAAGAGAGAGGACCGCGUGGAGGGUCGUCAAGGUGUGCGAUAAAGUCGGGCAAUUUACUGGAACAAGGGGGAAAAAAAUCCGGCAAUUUGGCGGGAAUCGUGAGAGCGGAUAGGAAGACAGCGGAGAGACACGGGAUGGAUGGCGCGCGAUGCCAGGAGAAAUGGGCUUAGCGCUCGUAAGCGUUGCGGAUCCCGGCGCGCGACGUGCAGAUCGGGAUUGGCCACGUGUCAGGGCGAAGUUCCAGCGCAAUAUCUAAUCAUUACUUCGGUAGCAGAUGAAGAUUAUGAUGAUGCCGAUUACGAUGACGAUGAUGAUGAUUCGGAUGGUGAUCCAUCGUCAAGAUGAUGAUUAUGAUGAUAAUGAUUACGAUGGCAAUGAUGAUGAUGAUGAUGAUGAUGAUUACGCUGGUGGCAAUGGAGUGAUGGUAGCUAUUGUAAAUUUCAAUCUUCUAGGAAUAGUCAAAAUGAUAAUGAUGAUGAUCUUCUGCGAUUUUGAUGAUGAUGAUGAUGAUGAUUACGAUGGUGGCAAUGGAAUGAUGGUAGCUAUUCGGUGGUUCCGUUCCGUUUCGGUGGUGUCCCGUUGCGUUACGUUCCGUUACGUUCCAUUUCGGUGUCUCGUUCCACUCCGGAACGCAGCGCAACGGAACGGAACGGAACAGAACGCAACGGAACAGGGAACGGAACAGGGAGCGGAACAGAACGGCGAUUUCGUUCCGUUCGGUGUGGGCGAAGCUCCAAUGAUCGUUCUGCGAAAGAAACGCGUACGGCAGUCGUCUUCUGCCGUCAGCGGACCAGCAGGCACGGCAGCUAUCAGGCGACUUGUCAGCAGCAGCACCGUAGCGGCGGAAAUGGCAGUAGACGUGCCAGCAGCGGCAGCACAAGUGUCGGAAGACGUGUCAGCAGCUGCAGCAGAGGUGUCGGAAGACGUGUCAGCAGCAGCCGCAGUUGCAGCAGAACAGCAGCAGCGUAGCAGCAGACGUGUCAGGAGACGGGUCAGCAGCAGCAGCGGAAGUGUCAGGAGACGGGUCAGCAGCAGCAGCGGAAGUGUCAGGAGAGUUGUCAGCAGCGGCAGCAGAGGUGUCGGAAGACGUGUCAGCAGCAGCAGCAGCAGCGUAGCAACCGACGCGUCAGGAGACGUGUCAGCAGCGGCAGCAGAGGUGUCAGGAGACGUGUCAGCAGCGGCGGCAGAGGUGUCGGAAGACUUGCUAUCAGGGAACGGUGGAGGGAGCACUGGAGGACAAGUCAGGGAACGGAUUGGGACAUCUAUCCUUGCUCAGAAGACAUCGAUGGGUGGUAGACGGGAGAGUGGAUGCUUGAGAACAGGAGGGGACGAGAUUCUCAAUGCGCGGGGAGUAAGAAGGCAGUUGCCAUCAGGCGAGUUGUUGUCGUCAUCGUCAUCGUCGCCAUCGCCGCCGUCGUCGUCGUCGUUUCGUGGGAGCAGGAGGAGGAGGAGGAGGGGGAGGACGGAGACCGUGUUUACGGUGAUGGCGAUGGAUGUGGUCUUUUUGGCACAGGCCUUUGCGCCAUGGUUGCUUGUGCUUCUUCCACUUUGUACGGCAGCUGGUCGUGGUGGAAAUGUGGUUCUGAGAUCUCUCACCAUUUUCACCACGCAUGAGCUGUUCGCGACCCCAUCUGUCUAUUUCCAAUGUCAAGGAGAGAAGAAACACUCUCUUCCGGAUGUUCAUCAUGCGAAUCAGCUGUACACGUGGGACGGUCACGAGUCCUUUCAGCCUGUUACGGUGCUGAAGGGGGACGAGUGCAAGCGUUGUGGAUUUUACGAAGCAGAUUUGUUCAAGUCGGAUAUCUUCGACGAAUGGGAGCUUUGCCCUCUCCAUUUUCUGCCUCCACCAGAGGGCGGCCUCAAUGUCCAGUUCAGAGCCGGACAGUUCAAUGCGACUUUCGUGUGCAUGGAAUGCAAUGCAACAACACCAGCGAAGGAACGGUUUUCAUCAUCAUCAUCAUCAUCAUCAUCAUCAUCAUCAUCAUCAUCGUCGUCGGUAUCACCGCAUAAUGGUAAUGGAACGCAUGAGGAUGAUCGAACGGAUGUGAGUGCAAGCGAUGACGCGGUGGAUGGUGGCCCCUACGGCUACAACAACGAGAAAUCGACCUCAGAAGAAGGAAGUCGGGGGGGCAAUAAGAGCAGCCGACGGGCUGGUCGUUAUUCUUCCGUGAUAGUUACUAUAUUGGUCAUAGGCUUGAUGGUUGCUAUAGGGAUUAUCAUUGGGGUAUUAGGGUUCUUGGCAUACCUAAAAUGGCAAGAGAAAAGGCGAGAGGCACAGAUGCGCAGAUUUGAACUUCUAUUCAAUUCUGAGGAUGACCUUGAGGGAGAUUUACGGUUGUCACGCAAAGGCGGUCUUGAUCAGCCUAUUAUUGAUCUGAUCGGGAAGAUAAAUCGGCACUCUUCGUUUUACACGACGAGCUCGUGCUCCGGUAGAAUAAGUGUGUUUGGUGAACUUCGUGAAGAUGAAAAGUUAGCGAGGAAGCAGCAGAAGAAGAAGGGUGGGGAGUGGUUGUUUGUAAGCCACGAUGCUGUGGCUGCGGAAGAGUUGGUGAGUGCGGUGCAGGAGAGAUUGAGCGAGCACCAUGGCCCCGUCGUUUUGCGGUUCGAACCCUUCAUUCUGGCGGUCGAUUGCAGGACUCUUGACGAUGCAGGGAGGCUUGUUUCUUGUGCGAUUAGAGCGGGGUUCCGAGAGUCCGGUGUUUCCAGCAUGAGCAGAAAGAUAAUGGUUGCUGUUCGCUGUUCUAUCCGGCUAGAGGUACCAAUUGCCGACAAUGGAAGGCUCCUCGUGUCAACGGAUUAUCUAUCUUAUUUGGUGGCUAUCGCCAACAACAAAAUGAGGCAGAAUCACCAGAGGACUGAUCAGUUCGUGGAUGCUUUCGGUAAGGACUUCGUCGAGGGGUGCACUGCGGAGGGGAACACUGGCGUUCCCGCCGCCAUUCGCAGUGGGCGUUUGCAUUGCAGCUCUGAGAACGAUUCCGGGACUGAUGGGGAUCAGACACAUGGAGGCUUUGUGGAGAGCAGGGAAGACGGGGGGCCAAUAGGGUGUGCAGAGUAGCUGCCAACUCCUCCGGCAAUGAAUGAAAUGCCAAGAGCGUGUAUGCCGGGAGGAUUAGCGUGGGUGAUGGCAGCAAGAUUGGUGCAACCAGCCGCAUCGAAGAAAUCGCAAGGGACGCAGUUGUAAAAUGACCUCCUUCAGGAUCAGGGGCAAUUGUGUGACCUUGGAGGCGUGGUGACGUUUUUGUUUGCCGCUUGGAAAGGAGAGAAUGGGGAAGAAGCGGCUCGGUCAGACACCGGCUUUGCAUGGCUGGAAGCCGAGAGUGGUGUCAUCUUGAGGGACAAAAAAUCUGGGAAGAUGUGGCUCGGUCAGACACCGAGUUGCAUUGAGCAGAAGCCGGGAAAAUGUAUGGACUUUUUGAAGGACGAAGUGGAAAUGCUCGGAGCAAGGCAAGUCACAAUUUUGAGGCGAAUUGAGAGGAUUGAAGAAAGUCGGGGCAUGAUGGGUUUGGAGAAAGAAGAAGAAGAAGAAGAUGAAGAAGAUGAAGAAGACAACAAUGGUGGCAACUAGCAAAAGCUAAGGGUAUAACAGGUAGCCAAUUCAGUGCGAGUCAACAAUCAACUAGGCCGGGAUAUUGAUGAAGGAGACAGUGGGUGCAAUGAAGACAACGUGGCUUUGCAUGGUUUGCAGGCUUUAGACACAGCUUGGAGGAUGGUGAAGGAUGACCUCAGGGAGGAAGAAUAAGAAAGAAGAAACAAGCGGGGAAGGAGGAGGAGGAGGCGGAAGAGGGGGAAGAGGGGGAAGAGCGGGAAAACAGCAGCUAGAAGGGAGUUGGAACGGAAGGAGGGCGAGAUCUGUAUAGGUCAAGUUGAAGCUGAAGGCUGAGAGUUCAAAUGGGGACUGUGAUUUAGGCGGGGAUCGGAAAGGACGGGAAAAAAAGUACCAAGGAGAUGGAAGGCAUAGGCGGGAAGUGACACUAGGUUUGAGGUGAGAGGGGUGUCCAAUGCAGAAAGGAUAAGGCAUUAACGUCUGCGGUCAACCUGUUGUGUAGAAAGCAUCGUCAGUUGAGAGAGAGAGAGAGAGAGAGAGAGAGAGAGAGAGAGAGAGAGAGAGAGAGAGAGAGAGAGAGAGAGAGAGAGAGAGAGAGAUGUAUCCUGUACACGAGUAGGGGAAUCUGGGCAUAUGUCUGCAUUCCUAUAGGUCAUGCAUCCUAUUGGUCUUUGGCAGGUUUCACUGCUUCAGUCCGGUUGCUCUCAGAUUUUGCUGUUGUUCUACUGUUUGUCAUUGCAUAGUGUUGUGCAUUGAUUCUGUACUCCCUUCUCUCCACCCACACCCACCCUUGCUGCAACUGUGUGCAUUUCCAGCAUCUCAACUG